ACGAGGCGCGGGUUGGGCGACGCGCGAACACUUGUGGUUCGGGUUAUGUCCAACGCCACGCCGCUCUAGCCGCUCGCCCGCGGACAUGGAGAAGAGGAUAGAGCUCGAGAGAAGGGGGAGGAACCCCGCCAAGAUCACAGAGCUAAACUUGGACAAUUGCAAGAGCACCUCCAUUGUAGGGCUGACUGAGGAGUUCGAGAAUUUGGAAGUGUUAAGCCUGAUAAAUGUGGGCCUCACAUCUCUCAAAGGGUUCCCAGCCCUUCCCAAUCUGCGGAAGCUGGAGCUCAGUGACAACCGAAUCUCAGGUGGUUUGUCAGCCCUGACAUGCCUCCCCAAACUGUCAUACCUCAACCUUUCCGGAAACAAGAUAAAAGACUUGGAAACUCUUGAGGCCUUGAAGGACCUAAAAUCUCUGGUAAAUUUGGAUCUAUUCAACUGUGAAGUAUCACAGAUUGAGAACUACAGAGAAAAGGUGUUCAGUUUGAUACCAUCGCUUGUGUUUCUGGAUGGUUUCGAUAAGGAGGACAACAGCGAAGAUGAAGAAGAUGGGGAAGAAGAGGAAGAUGGAGUAGAUGCUUUAGAAGGAGAUGCAGAGCAGGAUGAUGAAGACAUAGAUGGUGAGGAGGAAGAGGAGAUAGAUGAAGAGGAGGUAGAAGAGGAAGAAGACGAAGACGAGGAGGAAGAACACGUGCCUCUGGAUGCUCUCUACAAGGAUUAUAAUCCCAUCGGUGAUGAUGAUUACGAAGCAGCAGAUGGUGAAGAGGAGGAAGAUGACAUCCUUGAGGAGGAAGAGGAGGAGGAAGGAGCUGAAAACCGAGGUCAGAAGAGGAAACUGGAAGAGAGCGAAGACUAGUGUCAUACAUGCAGCAAAUGUGUGACAGCCUGUAGCCAGAGGAGCGAGUUUUGGCAGUAGCUUGCCUCGUUUGUCUCCGUGAUGGGGCAGUAUAUAUGGGCUCAGGGCCUAAGGCUUGUGUAAUUCAUGUAUAAAGUAGAGUAAAGAUAUUUAUUGUGAUCAAAACAGUGGUAUCUUUUUAGGGAGUAUUAAGCAAAUGAUGACCACCAAUCAUAUCUCUACAUACCUGGUAUCCAAAAGCUGCAGGCCAAACUUCUGUAACCAUAGUUUUGCUUGGAGGUCAGUCUUCUUGCAGGUGUUUUUAAGCCCAGCCAUUCACAGCCUUCCUUAGUGAUAUCACAGCUGGCUCAUCUUUUCCCUAAUUUAUAUCAGUGCCCCUCUCGGCCUGGCUAACCCUUGCCCUGACUGCCACUCGCCCUGCUUGACCCAACCCUACUCAUCCAUCACCCGGUUACGAAGGCCAGUGAGGUACAUCUUGAUACAAAAGUUGCGCCAUAAUGGGAUCUUCUUCAAAACUGUUGUGUAUAUUGAGUAAACAACCCAUAUUCUUGGCUAAAUGUGAUCAUUAAAACUAAUGUAACAUAGUUGGAUUUGCCUUUUUGGAGUGGCAAAUGUUCAUCAACUGGAAUAUAGAGUGAACUUGAUUUUCUGUCUCCGGUAUUAUAACAUCAUAAGGUUUAUAUUAGUUAUUGUAUUAGUUAAGAUUUUAAAGUGGAAAUAUUUUAAUAGUAGCAGACAAGACUGCAAGCAAAGCCUAGACAAAUUAAAAAAAGAGAGCAAUCCAGAACUUUGAGACUAAAUGACUAAAUGUCGUUACUGGCCUCAAAUAACCGUGGUUGACAAAAUGUGUGGCAGAUUUGGCUAGUGUAAAUGUUUGUAUAGCUGGUGGCAGACAAGACAUUAGGUAUAGCUGGCAGCGAAUAUGGUUGAUGCGUUUGCCCAUCUAAACUGCUGUAAAUCACUUGAAAGUUGCUUUUUUCCUUUGAUGUUUGUAUCUAGGAUUUGUUAAGUCCUGGGAAUGUUGUCAGAAAUUUAACUUUUAUCUGUUUGUUGUUUAAUGAUGGUUCAAAUUUUUUGAAAAUUUAAUAUCAGCAAUAAUAUUUUCAGUUUGAAUUAUCAUUGGUCGACAGUGUCUAUAUUUCUAUAUGUCUGAAUAGUUAUGAUGGUUGGUUACAGGGGAUGUAUAUAAACAAUACAGAGUGUAACACGAUCAUCAUCAAUACCAUAAUUAUAAGACACGUUGAAACAUGAUUGUCAAAGGCUACUCUUAAUUUUUUAAUUUUCAUACUUAAUAUAGUAUCAGAUUGUUGUGUGGUAGUGCGGUAGGUGAUGUAUGUUCUGCGAGAUCCUCAAUCUGGCUGGACAAGACCUCCGUCAUGGCUGCUGAGGCAGGGUUUGGGUGUCUGUCUCAAUGGUAGGCCUUAUUCCUGAGUCACGAUGACACGAAACAGAUCUCGGUUUGUAUGUAGGUACGUGCAUUUGAUGUGGACGUACCUAUGUAAAGGCCGAGUUUUGCUGGGGACUUUCCUGGCUUUAGAAUAAUGCUUAAUGCUAAAUAGAUUUUGUAGAGGAGAAAAAAAAGUGUAUUAGCAAAUUCUAAAGGCCUAAAUCAUUUUGGAAUGCCUGGAGUUAGAAUACACCCAACACAGGAAGGGUUGUAUCAGGAAGUUCCACAUUUCUAAAGCAGAAUUUUAAGAAUCAGUUUGAAUUGCAAGUGUUUAGAUUUUUUUGUGUGUUUUUGAUAUAGAGAUGUAAAUUAUAAAGAGUUGCACUGCCUUGAGUGUGGGUAAAUGAUCUCAAAUUGAAAACCGAACCAUAUCCGGCUCCAGCAGCCAUGAUCCCUAACUGUGCGAGAGUGGAUUGCAUGUGUUCAGUGCACCAUCCUGCCUUGAUAGAGUAACGAUUAGAGUGUGAAAAGUUAAAUUGAAUAUGUAGAAUAUGUCAGAUGGUUAUGGCAGUGAUGGGGAGCAGAUGACUAGGCUGAGCACUACCACGGCACAGUUCUAAGAGUACAAAGUACAGAGUCCAGUUAUCAUUGAGCCUCCCGCCAUGCCUCUACUGCAGCAGUGGUACUUGGGCACCACGAGGCACUACAGUUUCACUCCACACGAGCCUUUUUCCUGUGUGGGGUAUGUUAUCUUAGGGUGGUGUGAGGAUUUUUAUAAGAUGGAGCGUGGCACACAUUUGAUGAAGACAUACAGUACUUGUGUGAUUUUAGGAAAUAAUCAGUUUAGUUAAUGAUCGCAAAUAGAUGUUAUCAGCAUUUACAAUUGCAAAUAUUUAAGGUAUUACACAAGUAGAUGCUUAACGUUAGUAGAUUAAGGGAUUUUUUUUUUUCUUCCCCUUAAUGCAGUGCAAGGGCAUGCAGCAUCUAUAUCAUUCUUGUUUGUGCAGUGCCGUCCAGGCUUUAAAGAGAAAAUGCUUUAGGAGUGAAAACGUUGCAUUUAAGGAAAGUUAAUCACAUACUAAUAGCAACCAAUAGCAGUAUUACCCACAAAUGAGAUGUGUGAUAUUUUGAUGUAAGUGAACAUCAGUUCAAGUUAUUGGCCAGCAAGUUUAGUAAGUAAUCAGAGUGUCACAGUAGAUUAAAGUUAAUUUAGGCUACCAUGUCUUCCUCAUUUGUGUGACUGUCCUUCUCGUCGCCUUCUGUGAGAACCUCAUUAUUAUCCUGUGGUGUCUGUGAUCCUGCUGCAAACUGAUGCAACUGUCUUUUCAGAAUAAGAUAUAUAACGUAGUGAAUUGGCAUCAAGUGCUUGUAUCUACACUGCUAUUUAGUGAAUGGAAGUAUGAAAAGUUUCUCAAUUACAGUAUGGCAGAAAACAGUGUAAAAUACGUUGUAAAAUUGAGUAAAGCAUAUUCUGUGGAGGUCCAAGUGCUUGUUUGAUAUUUUCUAUGUUGAAUUUCCAAGUUGGAGGCAUGAGGUGCAUUCAAGGUCACACAAAACCACAUGUUCUGGGCUCAUUAGUGUGAUCACCUCCCAGGGUUGUUAGUGGGGGUGGCAUUCCGGAACUGAGUGUCCGACUUUCAGGACCUGAGCGUUGGACACACCGAUAAAAAGAGCACUUCAAAGCAAAAAGACAUUCAUUUUAGAAAGGAUGAAAAAAUGAUAUUUAUAUUAAAAAGAAAAAAUCAUGAAUGUACAAAUUUCCUAAAUAAAAAUGAUUAAUGGUGAAUUCAAACCAAUGAAGAAGUCUCCACAGCUACCCCCUGGUGAGUAGAGCCAUAGACCCCAUGCAGAGAGGUGCCUUCCCUGAGGGGUGCCACCACGGCCUCCCGCCCCUCAUUACACCUGAUGGAGGCCCGUUUGUAGUUGAUUUAUGCCCAGUGUUCCUGGUUAGAAUAACAUGCUUUAUGUUAGAGAUUUUAUUCAAUUGAUUAACCACUGUUUUCACUUAUUUGGACAGGUUUCAUUUACGAUAAAUGGAUUGAUCAUGGUAUACAGUUUCUUAUUGCAAGAGCAUAUGACAUCUUGAUCCUUUUCUUACGGCAAAAUAUGACCCCUUUUUUGUACUUGAUAUUUGUAAAGUGAAUGGGAAAAUACAUGGGCCACUUUUUAAUGUGAAAUGUGAUACAGUGUGGAACACAACUGCUUGCAGGAAUAAUUACUGGUUCUCUGGUUAGAUGAGUUUUUCAUGGGUAAUGAGUAUAUACAAAGUUGUUAAUGAAAAUUACAAUGGUGAGCUUUAUGAUAAGUAACAGUAGUGGUUAAAGUAAAUAAAAUUGGCUGCAGUUUGAUGAUAAGUUAUCAUAGUGAUAAUAUUAAUGAUUGAUAUCAGUAUAUAUGAAUAGUGACUGGUAUGGCAUUGGCUAAUUGUUCAUUACUAUUAUUAUUGUUAUUAUCAUUGAGCUGUUAUUUAUAUUGAUAUUAAAUAAUCAUGAAUUACACCCAUUUUAUUAUUUAUAUUGCUUUUUCAUUGCUAUUGUUAUUUUUGCGAAUGCUUCUUAAACAUUCGCUCACAGCAAACAGUAAAGAUGAUAAUGGUAGUAAUUUUGAUGGUAAUUUUAAACAUGAGUAUUGAUAACAGAGAUAGUGAAAAAAAAAUUACUGAUAGUGAUAAAGUCUUCAUUAUUUUUUAUAUAUUGAUUCCUGUUUUAUAUAAUAUUGUAUGACAAUUAAGCAAGUUAUUACUCAUUUAUAAUUACCAAUUUACUAUGGCAAUAGCUGAUGCUCCGUAACUUUCACUUCUUACCAUUACGAGUACUUCUAUUACUACUUACAUGGAUCUAAGCAUGGCUACUUACUCCUUAGUUAUGAAUUUUGUCACUGUAUUUUUAUUACAUUACAGAAAUUACUUUGUAUCCUGUCAUUUAUUUCCUUGUUUCAGCUCCGUACUGUCACUAUUAAAAUACUGUCAUUAUUAUCACUAUGGUGAACUUUGAUUUUUGAGCCAGGUUUCAAAUGCAAUACCAUUAACGGUACACGAUAAUAUAUCUUUAUUUUUAUUGUUAUUAUUAUUUUUUUAUAACCUAAUGCCACGACAGUGCAUUUUAAUAAGUUACAUCAGCAGUAGUUAAGAUUUUUAUAUUAGCACUCAUUAGUCAAAACGGAAUACAGUUGAGAAGGUCAGGUCAGUGAACAUUUCUUUCGUCAGGCUUGCAUGCGGAUUGGUGGACUCUAAUACCCCCCUCCACCCUCCAGUGUUAAUUUUCACUAUUUUUCUUUUUCUCUUCUGUUUUUGUUUCAUUGUCCAUCAUCCCUCUUGGAGAACAUUCAUAAAUGUUCUCCAAGGAUGCAAAGCGAUCAGAAACGUUUGGUCAUAGAGUAGGUUGAUAUUAAAGUGCAAGACCUGGUAUUUGGAGAGAUUUCCUGUAGUGAAAAGUAACUACGGUUUGCUCUAGUUACGUUUUAAGUGCCAUGUUACAGACAAUCUCUAAAGGAGACUAAAUUUUUAAAAAGGAGUGUAAAUUGUACAAAAUAAGUAAAUAGUCUUCUAGUGCCUCACUAUUUUGGCAGAAAUGAAACAUCUGUUCAAAUAAAGAAACAAUGCAUUGUCUAUUGUGUUUUCUUGUGUGACUUUUAACUGGAAAUAUUUUUGGUAUUUGUAAAUUUUGAUAAUAUACCAGUUGAUCACUUUCCCUUGGGCCAUUUGUAUUAUGAUAUUAAAUGUUCUUUUUCCUGAUGCGAAA